AUGUCAGGCACACAAAAGGCGGUUGUGCUUCAAAAGAAGGGAGAAAUUACCUUCGAAGAUAUUCCAGCUCCAGAGAUCACCGAUUCUCAUUAUGUCAAAAUUCACGUCAAGAAGACCGGUAUCUGCGGUUCAGAUAUACAUUAUUAUACACAUGGUUCAAUUGGUGAGUUCGUGGUGAAGAAACCAAUGGUUUUGGGUCAUGAAUCUAGUGGUGUGGUUGUUGAAGUUGGUAAAGAUGUCACUUUAGUUCAAGUCGGCGACCGUGUUGCUAUAGAACCUGGCGUUCCAAGCAGAUACUCCGAUGAAACUAAGUCUGGACACUAUAACUUGUGUCCACAUAUGGCAUUUGCCGCAACUCCACCAUACGACGGUACUUUAGUUAAGUAUUAUUUAGCACCAGAGGAUUUCUUGGUGAAAUUGCCGGAUCAUGUCUCAUUCGAAGAAGGUGCAUGCGCUGAGCCUCUUGCUGUUGGUGUUCAUGCAAACAGAUUGGCUGAGACCAGUUUUGGGAAAAAUGUUGUUGUUUUUGGUGCAGGUCCAGUGGGUUUGGUCACAGGUGCCGUUGCUGCAGCCUUUGGUGCCUCUGCUGUCGUUUACGUUGAUGUCUUUGAGAAUAAAUUAGAAAGAUCUAAGGACUUUGGUGCCACCAAUACUAUUAAUUCUACGAAAUACAAGUCCGAAGACGAAUUGACUGAAGUCAUCAAAUCUGAAUUGAAGGGUGAACAGCCCGAAAUUGCCAUUGAUUGUUCUGGUGCAGAAAUUUGCAUUAGAACUGCCAUCAAAGUCUUGAAGGCAGGUGGCUCCUAUGUUCAAGUAGGUAUGGGUAAAGACAAUAUUAAUUUCCCAAUUGCCAUGAUCGGUGCCAAAGAAUUACGUGUUUUAGGGUCCUUCAGAUACUAUUUUAAUGACUACAAAAUUGCUGUGAAGUUAAUUUCUGAGGGUAAAGUCAACGUUAAGAAAAUGAUAACCCAUACGUUCAAGUUUGAGGAAGCUAUUGAUGCCUACAACUUUAACUUAGAGCAUGGCAGCGAAGUUGUCAAGACAAUGAUCGAUGGCCCGGAAUAG